AGGGCCACGUCGCUUUUGCGGCCGCUGAAACCACGAGCCUCAUCCAUGGCUUCCAUGGACUCCCGGCGAGUGGGGGACGUCAGCGGUGCCGGGGGCAGCUUCCAGCCCUACCUGGACUCCUUGCGACAGGAGCUGCAGCAGAAGGACCCGACGUUCGUGUCCGUGGUGGUGGCGCUCCUCGCGGUGCUGCUGACGCUCGUGUUCUGGAGAUUCGUCUGGAGCAGAAAGAGCAGCCAGAGAGCUGUUCUGUUUGUUGGCCUUUGCGACUCUGGGAAAACACUGCUGUUUGUCAGGUUGCUAACAGGCCAUUACAGAGACACUCAGACUUCCAUAACGGACAGUUCAGCUGUAUACAAAGUCAACAAUAACAGGGGAAACAGCCUGACUUUGAUUGACCUCCCGGGACAUGAGAGCUUGAGGCUUCAGUUCCUAGAUCGCUUUAAGUCUUCAGCCAGGGCUGUGGUGUUUGUCGUGGACAGUGCAGCUUUCCAGCGAGAGGUGAAGGACGUGGCCGAGUUUCUCUAUCAAGUCCUCAUCGACAGCAUGGGUCUGAAGAACACGCCGUCCUUCCUAAUAGCCUGCAACAAGCAAGAUAGCGCAAUGGCAAAGUCAGCGAAAUUAAUUCAGCAACGACUAGAGGAAGAGCUUAACACCUUACGAGUUACCCGCUCCGCCGCGCCCAGCUCACUGGACAGUCCCAGUUCCGUUCCUGCUCAGCUGGGAAAGAAAGGCAAGGAAUUUGAGUUCUCCCAGUUGCCCCUGAAAGUGGAGUUCCUUGAGUGUAGUGCCAAGGGUGGACGAGGAGAGGGUGGCUCUGCUGACAUCCAGGACUUGGAGAAGUGGCUGGCCAAGAUUGCGUGAGGGGCCGGGCGGCUCCAACACAAGCUGGGGAUGUGUGUGGCUGAGUCUCCAGUGGCUAAAGAAAGGGUACAGAACGUGCUCGACGUUUCCUUGUUCUUGGCACCAGCUUAGGCAGGUCAGUUUAGCGCUCCCUGUUCAGGGAGGCCCUUGUAUUUAACUCUUACCUUCCCUUCGUUAAGGUAUGUCACCUCCCUCUAGUGUGUGUGUGAUUUAGGGUCGAGGUCUCUGGGACAUGAUAAGAGAUCCCACAGAGGACAUUAUCAUGAGAACAUGGUUAUUGUUUAAAACAUUUCUCAUCUUCUGCUUCUCUGCUUUGGUCCCUUGUUCCUGGAACCAAGCCUGCUUAUUGAUGAAGCCAAUUGAUUUCCAGUUGUCCCUGGUGGUCAUGGGUAACACAUCCUCUAGUCCUUAGUAAAGUCUCAGGUGGGGGUACAGUUCCAGUGUUGACCUUGGGUAUACUCCCCCUCGCCUGUCAGUGCUGAACCCCCACGAGGGCCUCAUGUGCUCCAGGGGCGCCACUGGGAUGUGGGCUUGAGACGCCCCUGUGUCAGGGCGGGAGGCCGAGGGCUCCGAGGCUGCCUUACGCUACUUGAUCAGCUCCUGUUUCAUCCCCUGCUCUAGACUGCUGUGGAACAAACACAAACUGAAAAUAUUCUCUGUAUGUUUUCAUGUGCAUAUUCAUGCUUUUAAAAAAAAGUUGCCUUUUCAAACUGA